CAGAAUGUUUUUCUGUGUCCAGAUCGAAUUAGGAGACACGCUAUGAAGCCCAGAGAUCCUGAACCAGAAGACUCUUCAUCCUCGUCCAUCUUAUCAGUGUCUCCUGUCCACCUGCCUGUCCUCACUGCUCCUCCUCCAACAGGUGGAGCUUAUUGUGAGUGGGCAGGACUUCACACACAGAGACAUGAGGAGGCUUGGCCAAUCAGCGUACCCAAUCAGCAGCAAAGACAGGUGUGGAUGAAGCCAACGAACAGCCACAACAGAAGACUGUCUCCACCUGUAAAGCAGUUUGUAUUUAGACCUGUCUAUCCAUCUCAGCUGUGCAUUGACAGGUGGCAUGCCUUACCUUUCCAGGUAAUCAAAGAAGUCCAACCGUCCUUCCUUUCAGCCCAGUUUUCUUCCAGAUUCACUCUGGUGGCCGAUUGUAGACACAACAAGCAAGGGAUGGGUGGAAGGAACGUUUCCUAUGGAGGAACGUUACUGCUGAGGACGGAAAGAAAGUCAGACGACAAUAAACAGUGUGUUAGUGUGUCCGUACACAGAGACGAGGAAGACGAGGAGGAAGGAAGUGAAGAAAGAAGGAACGACAAGCGGCCUGUCGCCUCUACUCCUGUCCCAGGGUCGCCAUGGUGUGUGGUGUGGACCGGAGAUGACCGGGUGUUCUUCUUCAAUCCCACAAUCCACCUCUCUGUCUGGGAGAGACCAGGGGACCUGAUUGGUCGAGACAUCAGCCACAUCAUUGAAGACCCACCCCACAAGAGAAGGAAGCUUACACCUGUUGACAGCAGCUGCCAGUCAUCUGGUCUCCAUGGAGACGACGAUGAUGAUGAUGAUGACCAUAAACACACCUCCAAGAGGAACAGAAUAGAGGAGUCUAUGUCUCUCGUCCCACAUCCAGGAGAAGUUAAGCUCCUCCCACUGGAGCUUCGGAUCGCUCAUUUUCGGGAGAUGCUGCUGGAGAGAGGGGUGUCGGCGUUCUCCACAUGGGAGAAGGAGCUCCAUAAGAUGGUGUUUGACCCUCGAUACCUGCUGCUGACUUCAGACCAGAGGAAACAGGUGUUUGACCAGUUUGUGAAGAGCAGGGUGAAGGAUGAGUACAAAGAGAAGAGGAGUAAACUUCAGAAAGCCAGAGAAGAAUUCAGACAGCUGCUGGAAGAGGCAAAGAUCACCAGCAGAUCAACUUUUAAGGAUUUCUGUGCUCGUUGCUGUGGCGACCAGCGUUUCAAUGCCCUUAACAGGAAGAAGGAACAGGAACUUCUGUUCAACCAUUACAUCACAUCCUUGAAGAAAAGAGACAAUGAGAACAGAACCAGGCUUAGGAAGAUGAGAUGAGAACUAUUCUUCUGAGAGAACUGAACUGUACAGAGCCAUCGAGAAACCCUUCAUUCCAAAACCUUAAAGAACAUUUAGAAAACCUUCUACAGCAUUCUCCCCCUCCACACUGAACUGAUCAUACACUGGAUUUCAUUGGUGGAACCUGGUUUCAGACUUUCUCGGCUAUGUUAGAGAAACCAAACUGGGACUGGAAUCUCAAGAGUGGGAUACUUGCAUCUCAGUGGUUCUACUGUUUCUGCACUGUGUGUGUGUGUGUGUGUGUGUGUGUGUGUUCUUGUACUUGCUACAUUGUGAGAACCAUUUUCUGCAUUUAACUAUCAAAGUGAGGACAUUUUUACAAAGUGAGGACAUUUUGGCCGGUCCUCACUUUGAAACAGCCAUGUUUGAGGGUGAAGACUUGUUUUUAGAGAACAGGUAUGAAUUGAGGUUUGGUUAGGGUUAGGGUAAGGAUUAGGGUUAGGCGAUCAGUUGUGAUGGUUAAGGUUAGGGUAAGGCUCUAGGAAAUGCAUUACGCCUAUGGAUGUCCUCACUAAGAUAGAAGUACAAACAUGUGUGUGUGUGUGUGUGUGUGUGUGUGUGUGUGUGUGUGUGUGUGUGUGUGUGUGUGUUUUUAAAUAUAUAUUUUCAAGACAGGACAUGGACCAGCACCAUCAAUGUAUUUUAUGUGGUGAGCUGAAGCUAACUUAGUCUUACUCUGAUAUUUAAAGAACUAAACCAAGAAAAACAGGACUGAACUGGACUCAGACAAAAAUCAGUGCAAAAAAAUGUAUCUGUGCUGUCUGACAAUCUUUAUUGAGUGACCAGACCAAUCAGUCAGACUCAGUACAGCGCUUUCCCUACAAAUUAGUGUACAUUUGAGACUAAUGCACGUGAUAAAUUCUAAAAAAAAUAAAUAAAUAAGGUUAAAUCCAGUUAAAACCAAUACCUGCAGGGGCAUCAUGAAACAGAUCAGGGGAAGUCAACACAUUUAUAACGGGAAUAUAACUAAGAAGAGGCAUGGCACAUUAGUCUACAUUAGCUAAACACUGUGACUAUUUAGAAUGAAGUCAGUGAUGUUCAGCUUGUUACCAGGUAGCAGCAUGUCUGGAUGUAUUAGUCAGAAACCAGAUAGCUCAGUCCAAAUGGGGUUCUGGACUCUCUGAAACCUUAUACUGUUGACCUCAACCUGUCCUCCAAUUCAUACGACCGCAUCGGUCGUUUUCACCGUGCACCGGAAUACGACCUAUGCGGUCGUAUGAACGUUUGCGCCCCUACGGGGAAAACGAACGCAUUACGGGAUUUAAUUCGCGAAACGGCUUUUCCGUCGCAAAACGGCUUUUUUCUCACUUUCCCAACACGUUUUUAGGGUUAAGGUUAGGGUUAGGGAUAGGGACAGGGAUAGUGUUAGAUAAAAGUUUGUUCAUGAUGACGUUUCACCUGCGACUCCAGAGUGUCGAUAUUUACUCAACCACCAGAGGUCGCAUAGUAAAAACGUAACACUGGGUCAUAAUACGUCCUAUGUGGUCGUUUUUGGUUUGAGGACAGGCUCGUUGACCUAGUCAGCAGUGCUGAAGGGAGACAAACCAGUAACCAGUUUUAAGGUGCACCAGGUCAUCGUUGGCUGCAGUAGAGUCCAGACUCUCUACAGGUGUCAUGAUACCUGAUACUUCAGUAGACUCAGCUUCUCAGCAGAUCACAGCUAUUAACACACACACACACACACACACACACACACACACACACACACACACACACACACACACACACACACACACACACACACAUCUGUUCAGUGUAAACCCAGUCACCUGAUUAUCUUCAGGUCCAAUGUGUGUUUUAAAUGAACAUAUUUGUCAACAGGAGGCUGUUGUCAGCAAACACUGUUGAUGUGACGUAAGUCCUGCUCUUCACUUGUCAGCAUAGUGAGCUGUGAUUGGACAGGUCUUUUGUCCCCAUGUUCUGAUUGGAUGUUUCUUUGUGUCUUGACUUCUCAGUAGAUGGUGUCUAUGUUGAAAAGAUCUUUUUGUUCUGAUGUUUCACCAUCUGUUGGUCAUGACGUGUUUGAACAAUUAAAUACGUGUUGCUGCAGUGUUUGUUAGUUAA